UUUUCAUCCGCGCGUCGCGCCAUUCUUCUCUUCUUGGAAAACUCCCAGGACUCGAAAGGCGUUAAGCUAGCGGACAUUACUGCGGGGUAUAUUUCGUUUCUCUCCUCUGUUAGAAACUCCAUCUGCCUCUUCAGACCUAUGCUAUGGCUCCCAAGCAUCCGGACGUGUCCUCCGAUGAAAUCACCGGCCAGAGCGCCCUGCCCAUCUCCCGAAUAAAGAAGAUUAUCCAGCUAGACGAUGAUGUCGUACAGUGCUCUCAUAAUGCUACGUUUCUCAUUACAGCGGCUACAGAAAUGUUCAUUCGAUAUCUUGCAGAGCAAGGACACAACGUUGUCAAGUCAGAACGAAAACCACGAAAGACAAUCCAAUACAAAGAUUUAGCAACGGCGGUUUCACGGAUCGAUAACCUCGAAUUCCUGGCCGAUGUCAUUCCCAGGACGACUACCUACAAGCAAUUUAAGGAGAGCAAGGCGAAGGAGGCAGCUAAGAAUAACACCGUGAGGGAAAAAGGACAGCGUACGUUGAAUGGGACUAUCCCAUUGCACAGCAAGACCAAUGGCGAGCCAAUGGAUCCACAAAAUUCACCGGGUUCUCAAGCGGGGACAAUGAAUGCACAUGCUCCGACAUCAUUGAGCGCGCUCAUGGUCGAGGAAACAGCCGAGAGUUCAUCAGCCGCGCCGGCUGGCGAGGACGUGGAAAUGGCGGAUUAA